AUGGGAAGUUCUCACCUAAAUUCCGUAAUCCUGAUUCUUUUUUCUGUCAGCUUAGCAUCAUUUAGCGGGAACAUCAUUGCUGAGGCACGUAAACUUGCAGAGAUCCUUGAGCUUCCCGUGUUUCCAAAGCCUGAGCUUCCCGUGUUUCCAAAGCCUGAGCUUCUGGUGCUUCCUAAGCGUGAGUUUCCUGUCAUUCCUAAGCCUGAGAUUCCCGUACUUCCUAAACCUGAGCUUCCAAAGCCUGAGCUUCCGGUCGUUCCAAAGCCUGAGAUUCCCGUACUUCCUAAACCUAAGCUUCCAAAGCCUGAGCUUCCGGUCGUUCCUAAGCAUGAGCUUCCCGUGGUGCUUAAGCCUGAGGUUCCCGUGGUUCCAAAGCCUGAGAUUCCGGUUCUUCCAAAGCCUGAGCUUCACGUGCUUCCAAAGCCUGAGCUACCUGAGGUUCCAUAA